AUGGCUACCAAGCUUAAACUCGUCCUCAACCCCAAGUACCAGCGCAACGGCCGCAAGUCGUAUGUGCAUUUGCUUCGCAAGUACAGAUUUGACCCUACCCUGCCUGGGCCAUUCUUCCAUGCCACCCGCGUUACUCAGCAGGGUAAAUUCACGGCCCAGGGCCAGCCUCCUGUCGGAGGCCGUGCCCACGUUAAGCGCAUCUUGCAGAAGAAGACAGGCGACCAGACCGGUGAUGUUCCUUCAGAGGAUGUCCAGAAUGACACCGAGUAUCUGGCCCAAGUGAGCAUCGGGACUCCUGCCCAGACUUUCAAGUUGGACUUUGAUUCUGGCUCUGCUGAUCUAUGGGUUUGGUCGACUGAAUUGCCAUCUGGUACCAAGUCGUCUGGGUCAAGCCACUCUAUUUUCGACCCUUCCAAGUCGAGUACUUGGAAGGCCACAUCAGGCGAGACCUGGCAGAUCUCCUAUGGAGACGGCUCGUCUGCAUCUGGUGAUGUCGGUACAGAUGUGCUCAGUCUCGGUAAUCUAGAUAUCAAGAACCAGGCUAUCGAAGUUGCAAGCACUUUGUCAACCGAGUUCCAACAGGGAACUGGAGAUGGUCUUCUUGGCUUGGCUUUUGGCAGCAUCAACACAGCCAAGCCCAACCAAGUCAAGACCCCAGUGGAGAACCUGAUAGCCGACAACCUGAUUCCCCAGAACGCUCAGUUGUUUACUGCUCAUCUCGGUGCAGCUGCUGAAAAAGGCGACAAUUCUUUCUAUACCUUUGGUUACAUUGAUCAGGACACCGUCAGUGCUACCGGCAAUAAGAUCAGCUAUGCUCCCGUCGACAACAGCCAAGGUUUCUGGACCUUUGAUUCCACUUCGGCCACUGUGAAUGGCAAGACUAUCAACCGUUCAGGAAAUACUGCCAUUGCUGACACCGGUACCACUCUGGCCUUGGUCGAUGACGACACUGUCAAGGCUAUCUACGAUGCUAUUCCCAACUCCAAGUACGAUAGCAACCAGCAGGGUUAUAUCUUCCCAACCAACACAACUGCCGAUAAGCUUCCUACAGUUACAUUCGCUGUCGGCAAUACCCAAUUUGCAGUGCACAAGUCCGCUCUGGCGUUCGCUGAUGCUGGUAAUGGCAAUUCUUUCGGAGGUAUACAGUCGCGUGGCAACAAUCCCUUUGACAUUUUGGGCGACACUUUCCUCAAAGGCGUCUAUGCGAUCUUUGAUGUCGGAAACACCCAAUUUGGUGCGGUCCAGAAGCCAGACCCUGAUGUAACUUCUUCAUAG